UUAAACACUUUGACAGUUCCCGAUUCCGUCAUGGUCAGCCUCAACGAUAGAUCGCAUAGAGGCGCUUUCUUUUUGGGUGACCAAGAUGUGUCACGUGAUGCGACGCCUGUGUCCGUUGCCGAUCAGCGUUUGGUGCUUUCCGACGGGAGGUCGCAAUUUUUCAAUAGGCUGAACACUGAGUGGUUGGCUGUCAGUGAAGCUGUGAUAUUAGUUGUGUAUGAGAUCUCACUGUUUGUGUGUGGACAUCUGGGAGUGCCUACGUGGCCUUCGUCCAGUGCCAAUGUCAAGUCUCAGGAGACUUCUCUUCCUUUUCAAUUUUUCGUUAUGCUGCAUGGAUUCGUAUGGUUCGGCUUGUUUAUUGGCAGUCGCAUCAAGCAGUUUCUUCACCAGAAAUCACGGCAAUGUGGCUAUCUCAGUUUCUACAGAAACACACGAAGCCUCAGACGAAUACCACUCUACACCAUUUCGUGUGGAAGUGCACUUCUUCUCAUUGCUAUGUCAGUUGUUGGGACACCAACUAGAGCACAUCCGUCAUUCAUUAGUAUUAAGUAUAUUUAUUUGCUGGGAAUUUUUACGUUAAUUGAGAAUGUUAUCGUUCUGCCAGCAUUGGUGUUGUAUAUUGUGAGAGUCGGGUCGUUCAAUAAGAAACGGCUGCCUGCCGAUGUCGAAGAGGACUUGUUGGAGACAAGGACGGCUGACUUGAGUGAUUUGGGAUUCACCAACGGCGAAUACACAGACGAAAUCCUAGAAAAGCAAGCUGACAUGAUUCGCUACUUACAACAACACAACGCAGACUUGGGUCGACGGAUUCUCCAGCUGACAUCAAACACAGGCCACUGACGUGUACCGUGCACCCACCACAACAGAUCUGUCAUGCAAGCAACUCAGUCUGAGUCACACACUGUGUAGAUACAGUAACACUAAUGUAUAUUUUGUAUUAGUUGUGAUAAUAUAUUAUGGAUAUUUGGUGUUUGCAUUUACAUUAUGACAUUGUUGCUUUACAUGAUGGGCAUUGCUAUAUUCUAUUACACUGGAUGGG